UAGCUUCUUUUCUUACUCCGCCGGGAUGUCCCUCCGCCGCAUCAUCCUCGGCCUCUCUAAGUCUUCUCCUUUCUCUAGUCGUAACCUCUGCUCCGCCGCCGUGAGAAGAGACCGCCUCUCCGAGGAAAUUAAACGGGCAAAUCUACGGCGCCGCAGCAACAGCCACAAGACGUGUCUUCUUCUCUCAAAUCCUCCUUACCCCAUCCCAAAAAACAGAGAGCCCCUACGGCCGGAGCACAACAAGUCGAACCAACAUUACGGUGAGAGCUAUCUACACUCGACGGUCACGUUCUUGAUCCACAAUCUCGCGGACCUCGACACGGCGAUGGAGUACGCACGCUUGACCGCUUUCACCAAAACUCGCGGCGCAACCACAACGGCCACCUGCGACCUUAUAAUCGCAGCCUUGUGCGAGGCCAAACGGUACAGAGACGCCUACGACCUCUUCCAUUACUUUUUCAACGAAUCCAACAUCAAACUCAGCGUCCGUUGCUGCAAUCACGUUGUUAAAGCUCUAUGCGACGAUGGUCGUGCCCAUGAAGCUCUUCAACUCCAUCACCACAUGCGUAGCGAUGGAAACGCCUCCUUGUGUCUAGAUUAUCAAACAUACCGUAUCUUGACCAAAUGUUUGUGCGAUGCCGGGAAGAUCGAUGAAGCUCUAGAUUUGGUUAAAGAUGUCUUCUCUUUGAGAUUUGCAAAACCAGAGGAUUACGACAUUGUGGUUUCUCAUUUCUUGGAUCACCAGCAAGAUUUUGACAAAAGCUGGGCGCUCUGUUGUGCCGCUAACCUGGGAAUGACCGAGCUUAACAAUGGCAACAACAGUUAUCCAACGGUAACAGUGACCGCCGUAACGGUGACUCUCAUUGAGCAUUGUUUCAGUCGACGGCAAGAGGAAACAGCAAUGGAAUUCUACACUGAUUUGUUAGCAAAAAGACCCGUGAUUGAAGAUGCUUCCAUUAAACCACUCUUGGAAGUUUUGUACAAGUACGGUAAGACAACCGAAGCUUGGUCAUUGUUCCAUAACAUGUUCGAGUUCCCUAGUGGUGUGGACGAGGAUUCAGACCACUCAGAGCCUAUAAAUGCAAUGAUCAAUGAGCUUUUCAAGCUCGGGAUGUCUAAGGAAGCAUUUGAUUCAUUCUUAAAAGUGAGAUCAAAACAGAGAUUCUUUAUGAACAGAUUCACGCAUGUACCUUACGCCAACAUCAUCACGAGGUGUUGCGAAGAUGGGAACUUGUUGUCCAAGGCAGACAUGAUCUUUCGUGAAUUACUCAAGGAUAAUCCAUCGGCUUGCAAGAUUUCAACAUUCGAAGAAAUGAUCAAUGCGUAUCUAAAGGCCGGGAGGCUCGGUGAUGCAUUGAAAACAGCAAACAAGAUGGUGGAUGCAAAUCUAAGCCAAGUUUCUUCGUUAUUAAAGAGUUGAUUGAUUUUACUCUCUACUUCUUCAUUUCAGCUUCUUGUUAUUUUCAACAUUACUUCAUUUUAAAAAAUGUGAGCUUGAUGGUCUGACUUGGUUUCCACUCCAAGAUAAUAAAAAUAAAGCAUCUAC